AUGAGAGGCGGCUUGUUCUGGGGCGGUGCGCCAUCACUCGCAAGCAGAGGUGCGUCUCCACAGGUUUGCAGGCCUCCAUGCCACUCGAGCGCCUUCAUAAGGCUCAUCAGCGCUGCUGUCGACGGAGAUGAAUACAAAUGCUGACACGAGACAGGCCGAGGUCCAAAUAGUGCUGACCGCGCUGAGAUUGACGAACUGGACCGAGAUCAUGUGAGCGAGGAAGAAGACGACGAGGAAGGAGACGAAGAGGAAGGAGACGAAGAGGAAGGAGACGACGAGGAAGAAGAAGACGGGGAAGAAGAAGACGAUGAUAACCAAGAUGUAGGCAUCAUCCGAAAGAAGACGGAUCCCAUAUGCUAAUACUCAACACAGGAUGAGAACAAUCAGACCAAGGACCCGGGCAGGGCUCGUAAAGGUCGCAAGAAACCAGUCACAGCGAAGCGCCGUCCGUACGUAAAGGGUGGGCUAGCUGUGCUCGCAAAGCCCAUCACCAUCGACUACGAUUCGGACGAUGCUCGACUCAUCGAGCUGAAGCAGCAAGAUCAUACCGAUGUGUUCGUCGCCGAGACGUUCCAGAAGGAAGGGCGCAUGAGAUACUCCGCCAAAACUGUUGGGAGUCGUUGGCAGAGACUCCGCAAGAUGAUGAUCGAUGCCGAAGAUGAGGAAUUGGACGACGAACUCAGUGAUUGGCACGUAGGCGAGGUACGACUCUGCUGCCUAAGAAGUAUGCUGGACCUGAUGAUAUUCUGACAUUUACAGGACGACAAACUUAAGGAGGUCUUCGACAGUCUCGAACAGAAGUACAAGGAGAGCCUGGCGAAGUUGGAGCAGAGGAAGUGGCAGGAAAUCUCGAUGCAUCUCGGGCACAAAAUUGGUAAGAGGAAGUACUCCGCCAAAGCCUGCCGUGAAAGAUUUGUGGCCGUACAGAAUGGAACCGCCUUGACGCCAAUCGAAGAAGACGAAGACCAAGAAGGCCGCCGUGAACUGCGUGAGGCACGUAUUACUGCCGCCAAGAAAGCUCGACAGGACGCCAAAGACAGCGUGCGCCAGGCGGCAGAGGCAAAGAAGGCGAGGCAGGAGGCAGCGAAGAGAGAGAAGUUCGAGGCAGAAGAAGAGCUGGUAUCGGCGAGACUCCAGAGAAAGAACGAUAAGCGCGAGCGAGAACUUGUCAAGGAAGAGCGUAACCUCAACCGUACCACAGCUCGUCGUCGUCAACAGGCUAUCCAGAAGCAGCUCCGAGCAGAACGUGACUGGAGGCUGGAGAAAAAGCAUCAGGAGAAUGAGGCUUACCGGACCAUGACUGGCAAGAGCAUUGACAAUCGACCUAGACGCCGUUCGAAGAAAAAUAGAGAUGGACAUGAGUCCGAAGAGGCUGUGGAGAGUAACGUUGACGAAUUCGAGAGCGACGAAGAAGGGGUGUAUUUGACAGACGGCAGCAAUGAUGACGGACUUGUAUCCUUUGCUGCUGGUGGCAUUGAGGACCAAGAUGAUGGAAACGAGCCAUCCACUCCGGCUCCUCCGGCUCCUGGUGCCCGUCGCUCCGGUCGGGUCAAGCAGACUUCAGCGACGAAGCCUGCUGCCAACAAGCCCGCUCAGCCAGCACGCUCGCCAACGACCACCCCGAACAAGUCGAAAGCUUCUCGUGCUACUCCAAAGCAAGCUGCUGCCCCAGCUGCGGACACGGUCAUCCCAGUGGUCACAAAAGAGACUCUCCGUAGCCCACGCAGCAUUCUCAGUGGCAAUGAACUAGAUCUACUCCUUGUCAGGCGGGGCCUACCAGGUCGUCGCCCCGACGAGAGUCAUGCCGAGCUCGUUGCUCGUCUCGACCAAAUCGAUAAGACGCUCACGUCAAAUCAGCUGGAAGGUCUCUUGAAGCACGCCAACGAGCCGACAAAGGGAAAGAAGGUGGAAAAGAUCCAGCGUCUUCAGGAGGCAGAUGCGAAGAAAUCCGAGGCAGGUCAAAUGGGCGUGACCUCGACUGAUCUCGACUUUAUGCAGCGUUAUGAGGGCUACAGCAAUGAGUUCAGGUAUUUGGUGGAGGAGGCUGAGACGGAGAUGACGAGCUGGUGGGGCAAGGAUUCGAUGGAUGUUGGCGGCGAGUGA